CCACAACCACCUCCAGCCACUGCCACCACAACAACACAAACACAGCACAAACACACAAACACACAACAUACAACACAAACAACAACGCGGGCACGACAUGAUGAUGCGGGCGGCAUUCGCACUGCUGCUGGUUGCGCUGGCGGUGGCGCCGUCCCAGUACGGCGCGCUUGCAUAUGUGCGCGAUACUCCUUAUCGUGAGCUGGUGCCACAGCGGUUCCAGUACAAGUCGCAGACGCCCAUUGAGGGCUUCAACCAGCUCAGCUUCAACGCCAUCCAUGCCAUCGAUGGCUGCACCGUGCUCGACAGUCAGGGCUGGCUCCUCGCCACAGAGCUCGGCCUCACAUGGUUUACCCGCUCAAACGUGAACAAGUUCAUCCCUGUCCAAGGCGAGAGCAUCGACUGGGCGUCAUCACGCCUCCUGUGUGCACAGGACAACCACGUGUUUGUUCUCGAUGCCACAACCGCAUACUUGAUCGCCAUCGACGACACAGAGCACGGAAGCGUGCAGUGGAAGGUGCCACAUUAUCUGACGAGUGUCAACGACGUGUGCUACGAUGGCCAACGGCUGUGGAUCGCCAGUGGCAACGGCACUGUCACGCUGAGCACCAAGACACAAGUGCUGUCCAUCGCGGACGACCGCGAGGCGACCGCCGUUGCCUGCAAGCAAGGCGCCAAGGAGGCGUUCUCCGGCGGGCCCGCGUCCGUGCAGACCUUUGACGCCGACGCCAGGCUGGUGCGCUGGGACUGGGUGACCAACAUCACGAGCGCCGCUGGCGGCGUGUACGACGGGCCCGUGACGAGCAUGGCGCUUGACGAUGACGGCGUGCUGUACGUGGGCACACCGGUUGCCAUCAACGCCCGCCAGCCCGCCACCGCCACCGUGAGCCGCUUCGACUACCAGCAGGGGCUCCCCAUGAACAACACGCAGAUUGUGGCGGUGGAGGCUGGCGGCACGCAGGCGCUGUGGGCGGCGUCGCCAUCUGCAACCAUGCGGCUCUCGCCGGAACUGAGCCAGAGCCCCGGGGAGGUGAUGCCUGGCCAGUGGCGGUACUUCCAAGGGCCGCGCUACCUGCUGGGCAAGAGCGCAGUCUUUCUCAUGGACACGACGUACGCCAACCAGACGGUGGUGGUGACGGACGGCGGGCUGGUGGUCUUGGAGUGGCAGUGGUGGACGCUGGCAGCCAAGGCCGACCACUACGAGACGAUCCUCAGCCGCCACAUCCGCCACGGCAUGGUGUCGGACUGCAACCUCAAGUCGUAUGGCAACGCCACCUCCUGCACCAACGGGCCCUCGGACAACAACGGCCUGUGGACGUCGCUGCUUGUGGUGGCGGAGGCGUACAAGUACGCGCUGAGCCCAACACCGCAGCAGAAGGCGCGCGUGGCGGAGGUGUUCAAGGGCAUGAAGCUGCUUGUCGACGUGACGGGCGUGCGCGGGCUGAUGGCGCGGUCGGCCGUGUCACCGAGCGAACCCACACCGUCUGGCGGUGUCUGGCACAACAGCACCAACCCCAAGUACAAGGGGUGGCUGUGGAAGGGCGACGCGAGCAGCGACGAGGUUGUUGGGCACAUGUUUGCGUACCCAGCGGUGAUUGCAGCCAUGCCCAACACGACUGAGGCUGACGACGCGUUGCAGCUGAUGGAGGACAUUGUGUCCUACAUUGUGAAGAACAAGUUUCUCCUCAUUGAUGUCACGGGCAACCACACCCGCUGGGGCGUCUGGGCUCCAGACUACCUCAACCACGACCGCGAUUGGAGCGACGAGCGCGGUCUCAACGCAAUGCAGAUCCUCGCAUACGUCUCCGCCCUCGCAGCAUACUCCCCGAACCCUGACAUGCAGAAGCUGGCGAAGACCGCAUACAACGAGCUCACAAACGCCACGAACCAGUACGAUAAGAACAUGAUCAACCUGAAGAUUGAGUCGCCCGACGACGACAACUACAGCGACGACGAGCUGACAUUCCUUCCCUACUACACCUUCCUCGGCGCCGCGGCCAAGGCCCCCUACUUCGACUCGCCCGCCCUCCACACCAGCUUUGACCGCACGUGGUCUGCUGUGCGCCGCCUCAGCUCGGCAGCGUGGACCAGCAUGUACGUGGGCCGCGGUGGCAAGGACUACACCGAGGACGACCUCAACGCCAUGCUAUGGAACCUGCGUACGUGGCCGCUGGAGCUGAUCAGCUGGCCCGUCAAGAACUCGGACCGCCGCGACAUUGUCCUCGACAUUGAGGCAGACCGCUCCGGACGAGUGGGCGGCGACUCGACGUUCAAGGUGCUGCCUGCGAACGAGCGGCCACAGCUGCGCUGGAACAGCAACCCGCACGACCUCGAUGGCGGGAGCGGCAUGUCUGAGGGCGACCCUGGCGCAUGGCUCUGGCCAUACUGGAUCGCUCGCUACCACGGCCUCAUCGUCUGAUUACCCUCCCUCUUGCUGGAUGAUGGGGUGCACAGCGUUGCCAGCCAGCGUUUUGUGUUUCUGUGUGUCGUGUUCUUGCUCGUUUGUGAGCACGGCCUUUGCUUGCUCUCUUUUGUCUUGCAUCUCUUUCCCUCUGUUCGCGUCAACUCC